UGUUGACUGUGUUUUCACUUAGGGAGGACACCUGGAUGCGUCGGAAGCAGAAGAUGGAGCCAGUGACCUUUGAGGAUGUGGCUGUGAACUUCAGUCCAGGAGAGUGGGCUCUGCUGGAUUCUUACCAAAAGAAGCUCUACAGAGACGUCAUGAUGGAAACCUUUAUGAACCUGAUCUCCAUCGGGAAGACAGAGGAAGAAAGUAUGGAUGUGAACUAUACAAAGCCCCAGAGAAACCCGAGAAUUCAGGUGAUUGAGAAAUUCUGUGACUAUGAACGUGUCAGUCAGUGUGGAAAGACCUGCCAGCAGAUGACAGAGCAUAUUGUUAAUCGGGAGAGUCAUCCUGCAGUCCCAGCCUGUGAACGCAGUGUGAUUGUAAAAGACAUCAAUGGUCACUCAUCCUCAGAUGCACUCCUUAGAGGUCAAAAUAAAGAGAAACCAUACAGAUGUCAGGAACUCGUGGAAAAGGAUAUCAAAUAUGAAAAAUGUUGGAAAGAUGUUAUUUAUUCUGAAUCCUUCCAGACACUUGAGAGGGUUCCUGCUACAGAGACUAUUUGUGAAAAUAAACAGACCAGUGAAUCUUGUAGGAAUCUCACUUCUCAUCAAGAUUAUGAGAGAACUCACACUGGAAAUGAGCUAUAUGAAUGUAAACAAUUUGAGAAAACCUUAAAGGAAGAAAGUUAUAUUCAAAUAUGUGAAAGGAUCCAUACUGGAGAAAAACCGCUUGAGUGUAAGCAGUGUGGAGAAGUCUUUGUUAAUUCCAGUCACCUGACCAAACAUCAGAGAAUUCACACAAGAGAGAAAACAUACUCAUGUAGACAUUGUGGUGAAACUUUUCUGUAUUCCAUGGCCCGUCAUAAUCAUGAAAAAACUCACAAGAGAGAACAGAGUUUCAUAUGUAAACAUUGUGGGAAAGCGUGCAUUCAUUCUUAUCAACUUCUUCAGCAUGAAAGACGUCACACUCGAGAGAAACGUUAUACAUGUGAUCAAUGUGGCAAAGCAUUUAGACGGUCCUCAAACCUUCACAAACAUGAAAGAAUUCACAGUGAAAAGAAACUUUAUGCAUGUAAACAUUGUGGGAAGGCCUUUAUCAGUACAGGCAACUGUUACAACCAUGAAAGAAUUCACACUGCAGAGAAAACCUAUGUUUGCAAGCAGUGUGGGAAAGCAUUUACACUUUCCUCAUACCUUCGAAAACAUGAAAGAAUUCACACUGGAGAGAAGCCCUAUACAUGUAAAUAUUGUGGAAAAGCCUUCACCCAUUCUAGUGCUCAUUACAGGCAUGAAAAAAUUCACACUAGAGAGAAACCAUAUGUAUGUGUAGAGUGCGGGCAGGCAUUCACCUUCUCCAAACCCCUUCAAAUACAUGAAAGAACUCAUACUACUAGAGAGAAAUUCUACAAGUGUAACCAGUGUGGGAAAGCAUUUACAAGCUUCUUAUACCUUCAAAGGCAUGAGAGAUCUCACAAUGGAAAGAAACCCACUGGGUAGAACUUGUACCUGUGUAAGCUAUGUGUAACUAGUCAGCUUGCUUUUGAGAAUAUUUAUUUAUCAUGUAUUUGUUUGUUUGCAUGAGGUUUGGGGCAAGAAUACACUCAUGCCUUAGUGUACCUGUGGGGAGCAGCAGACAGCUUUCUGGAUUCAGUUCUCAUAUUUCCAUUAUCUAAGUCCCAGUGGUGGAGCUCAGAUCCUCAGUCUCAGCAACAGGACCUUUCUAAGCCAUUCCACCAGCAUUUAACUUGCUUGUUUUUUAUGAAUGACUUUUUUUUUU